AUGUCUUCCUAAAAAAAAAAACUGAGUGAAUAUCCCCUCUGUAAUCAUGCAGAUAAACCCAAUAAACUUCUGAAAAUUAUCUGUGCCAGUAGGGACGUGUUCAGACAGACUCUCCAAAUUGGAACAACUUGGCACAGCUGUUCCACGUGAUGUUUCAUGCGGCAAAACUCGUUUAAUUUCACUUACUCUCUGUUAGUGUAUUACAUCUGUUUUAACAAAGACGAGUGCUCAUCUGUCUCUUAAAAACGAUCUUUGCAGUGCUGCGUAAUGACGUCAGAGUCGAAAUCCCCGUCAACAACACCAUUCGCUAACUUUGAGAGGGGCGAACACGCUGUGAGGAAUUUGAUUGGUCGAAGCCGGUUUACGUUAGAAACACCAGCUUGGCGGCAAACAGCGCUGGAAACAGGCCGUUUAACAUCUCAACGUGAUGAGUAGCCUUUGUGCUAGCUUAGCGGAAGCAGAUCAAUGGAUCACAACACAAGUUAUCAUGACAAAACAUCAAAGGUGUUUCAGCAGCAGCCUUCUCUCCGAGGGUGUAAUUUCCUCCGAGGAUGAGAGAGGCGGGGGCGUCGUCCAUGUGGGCGUCAUGCUGCGGGCUGCUGAACGAAGUGAUGGGCACGGGCACAGUGCGGGCGCAGCAGCCAGGCUUUGGAGCAGGGGCGGGGCCCUUCCGCUUCGCCCCCAGCGCCGGCUACUCCACCUACCCACCCACCAGCUCAGGGAGCGCUGGGCAGCUGUGCAAGGCCUGCGGACUGGCCUUCUCCGUCUUCAGACGCAAGCACAUCUGCUGCGACUGCAGGAAGAGUUUCUGCGCCCUGUGCUCGGUGCUGCAGGAGAACCUGCGCUGCUGCACAACCUGCCACCUGCUGCGCGGCACGGCUUUCCAGCGGCCGCGGCUCAUGCAGCUCCGUGUGAAGGACCUGCGGCAGUACCUGCUGCUGCGCAACAUCCCCACCGACAUGUGCAGGGAGAAAGAGGACCUGGUGGACCUGGUGCUCUGUCAUCAGGGAGCAAGGGAGACCCAGAGAGCGGUGUUGGAAGAGGACGACGAGGAGGAGGAGGACGAAGACGAGGAAGAGGAGGACACGCAUGAGGAGGAAGAGGAAGAGGAGGAGGAGGAAGGGGGAGAUGACACAGACAGUCUGCACUCGCACGCUGCCUCGCCCCGCUCUGCCACGCGCUCCGCCUCUGAACAGUCAGUCCUCUCCGCCUCUCAGGGAGACGUGCUCAGCCCAAGUGACAGCUCAGGGACCACCAGCCAGGAGCACGAGGAUACUCCAACAGCGUCCCUCUUGAACCUGGAGCCCACUGAAAAUAUCAUAGAGGUCAGCCCGGCGACACAGAGGAGGAUCAGGGCGUCACUGUCCGAUCUGGACAACGAAGCCGCGAUAGAGAACCUCUCCGUCCGCCAGCUGAAAGAGAUUCUCGCCAGGAACUUUGUCAAUUACUCCGGCUGCUGCGAGAAGUGGGAGCUGCUGGAGCGAGUGCACCGACUCUACAGAGAGAACGAGCAGAACAGGAAAUCCAUGGAAAAUGUGAGCAUAACUGCAGUGGUUGCAUAUCCUCCACCUCUCUGCAACAGUGGAGUUGGAGAUGGUGUCAAGGCUCAGCUGGCGGCCGACGAAAACUUGUGUCGCAUCUGCAUGGACGCCAUCAUCGACUGCGUGCUGCUGGAAUGUGGUCACAUGGUCACCUGCACCAAAUGUGGCAAGAGGAUGAGCGAGUGCCCCAUCUGCAGGCAGUACGUGGUGCGGGCCGUGCAUGUCUUCAAGUCUUAAAACUCUUGAGCGUGUGCGCGUGGCGGAGCCGCCCCUCGAGGCGUGUGCACGUGGCCCGAGCUCUGACUUUCUCACUGAGGAUGAACUGCUGUGCAUGACGUCUCGCAGGGCCGAAUGCUGCAAGCAGGGCGCGAGCAACUUCCCGGUCUUUGAAAUCAGACGGUUGCCUCUGGCCUACCACGGUUAACCCCCCCCCGCUCAUACUUACUCAUGUUCCAGUCGCACCUCUCCUCCCUGGCGGACAGUCAUCAGCUGCACCGGGACACUCAUUCUCUCUCUCCUGGGUCUGAUAAACACACAGCAGAACCCCUGCCAUCACUUUCUACUCGCCGUUCUGUGUUUAGAUUCUGCUCACAGCAGAGGAGAGGAGAGGACAGUGGUCCUGUGGUUACUGGGAACGUGGAUCGGAUUUGUUCCGUGCGGUGAAGAGAAGCAGCGCAGAGAAAAAUAUAAGAUCCCAGGGUUUGAGUCAAUACGGUUUACACAGUCAUGCCACAUGACACCGUGUCAUCUCCCUCAGUGUUCUUUAGGAUGUGCAAUAUCAGACAAAAAAAAAAAAGAGAGACUUACACGUGUUUUUAGAAAAUCUCUCUUUGUUCAUUUGAGCACCACAUGCACCGAGUCGUCUCGCCUCACGCGCGGGAGGCUGUGAGGUGCCAAACAUUCUGCCUUUGAUGGAUAUUUGGGUUCGAGUUUCACUGUAGCUACAUGCAUCUCAUAACCAGCGAGCUUGGUGUGAUAGUUUACUCUUUUUUUUCUUUUCCUGUUUUCUCAAAUGAACUUCUUGGAAAACAAACAUGUGUUUGUGUAUACUUUUCGAACACCUACUGUGUGAAUGGGAGUUGCCAUUUUUUCCCGUCUAAAAAAUUCAGUGCACAGAUGUGAUUUCUGCCGACAACACGAACAGUGUAACCGCCGCUCAGUCACGUCACACGCAGCGCUGCAUUUACUGUUACAUCGACUGAAGUGUGAAAUAGACAGCAGUGCGACGUAAAACAAAUCCAAACCUGUUUACUGACUUUUCCCGAGCUUUCGACCACAGUUCCCGGUCUUCCUCGGCGGAUAGUUUCCUCUCGUGGCCCGAGGUGAUGACAUAUGACUCUCCAGGGGGGAGACCAUGAGAUGCAGCUCAAAGAAUUUUCAACUAUAUUUUGCAGACUCACUUCCUCUUUAAUUUCAAAUAACUUCCACCAAGCAAUACCGUUUAAUUUACAGGUCGAACCAAGUGUCGAUGUUUCAUUGUGUCGUCCGUCAACGUAGAAUCUUAGCUAACAGGUGCUACUUCCUCUUUUCUGAGUGUCAACGUCAACAUACCUUUUUCUUUUGUCAUGUUGUCGACGCGUCCUUCCAAACAUCCAUCACACAGUGAGAGGUAGAAGACUCCUGGUUUACUUUGACCUUUGACCUGUUAUGCAAAUGAAACACGUUUUGUUUUUUUCAUGAGAUCCAGUUAACUCCGAUGUCUCUAAAAAUCCGUGUGUACAGUAUGCCUGUGGUAUGUAAAAAAAAAAAGAAGCUAAUUUGCUGUUAAGUGAAUCGCAUACCGUAGAUAGUUUAUAUUGUUGUUUACUGAUAAGUUAUUAAAUGUAUAUUUUUCCAUGUACCUGGGAGACGACAUGAUUUAAAAUUCUAGUCAGUACAGAGGUUUAAGAAUAAAGAAUAUACUGUUUUUUCCAGAAUGUAUUUCUGCUAGUUUUGGUCAGGAGAGUUCCUCAGUCCUCUCUCGCCAUUAACGUUGCGCCAUGGUCUCGCUUCCUAGCAACAUCUCGUUGUCGUCCGCUUCGGAUCAAAAACUGACACUGACACCGUGCACUGUAACAAACACUGUAACUCUGUAAGUCUGCGUGUUGAUGCUGCUGUUUCUCAAAGAUGUCAUUCGUGGGGCAGCUACAGUAUUAUCAGAGUAGGAGGGUAACAUGAGCACUCAUAAUCCUGGAUCUUUAUAUUUUGGAAUGUUGAACCUUUUUAUUUUGGUAAACAAGAGAAAAUGAUUUAUUAGAUUCAAUAAAAUGCAGUACUACAAACCA